AUGCUAAUUUUUUCCCCCCCCUUCCUCGCCUUUUACGCGCCCCGUCCUUCCCGCCUUCCUCUCCCUCCCCAUUUUUUCUCCCUUUCCCCUUCAUCUCCCCCCAUCCUCUCCCUCCCCCUUUCCUCUCCCUCCCCAUUUCCUCUUCCUUCACCCUCCCUUCCUCCCUCCCUCCCUCCUCCCUGUCUCCCUCCCCCACUCCCUCCCUCCCUCUCCCUCCCUCCCUCCCUCCCUCCCUCCCUCCCUCCCUCCCUCCCUCCCUCCCUCCCUCCCUCCCUCCCUCCCUCCCUCCCUCCCUCCCUCCCUCCCUCCCUCCCUCCCACCCUCCCUCUUUCCCCCACUCCCUCCCUCCCUCCUUCCCUGUCUCCCCCUUCCCUUUCUCCCCGUCUCCUCUUACCUCUUGCCUCCUCCUCCCAGCACCGCCCGCCAACCGGCAUCGAAGUGCUCUUUGCACUCCGGCCCCCCUCUGCUGCUGCUCCCUCCUCUGCCGCCCCCUCCUCGGAUUCUCCGUCCUCUGCUGCUGCUCCUUGCUCGGCGGUUCCUUCCCCUGACGCUGCUCCCUCCACUGCCGUUGACAAGGGCUCGUUACAAGCACCUUCAGCUACACCCUCCGCUCUCCCUGCUAAGACCUGGAUACAAGCACCGUCUGGUGCUCCCUCCUCUGUUCCCACUAAGCCCUCGUUACAGGCACCCUCCACUGCACCUUCCACAGCCACCCUCACAACUGCCCCCCCUGCUGCAGCCUCCACAGCCCCUCUCAAGAGCGUGUGCAAAGAACCCUCCGCUCCUCCCCCCCCCCCUCCCCUCUUGAAACGCCCGGUAAGGGACCCAUUAUCUACUACCACCACCACAUCCUCUGGCAAGACUGGUUGCUCCUCCGCCGCUGCUGUCACAGCCCCUCACAAGAGCGCAGCGGCAGCAGCCCCCUCUCCUGCCCCCACUGCGCAAUGCAAGACCUCGUUACAAGAACCCUUUGCUGCUGCUCCCUCCGCUGCCCCUGCUAAGAGUGCAUCAGGCACCCCACUUGGUCUUUCCACUGCUGCUCCGAAGUCCUUGUUUGGGAAAGCCCCUGCUGCUCCCGCCCAGGCCCCAAUAAAGCAUUCAUUAAAAGCACACCUAGCUGCUCCCGCCACUGCUUCUGCAAAGUAUGCUUCAGAAGGCUGGAGGUCGGGAGCGGGCAAUGCAGGUGUGGGGAGGGGUGGUGGUGGGAGGGAGGCGGAGGAAGGUCCGUGGAGAGAGGGCGGCAGACUUGGAAAGGGCGCAGAAAGAGAAGGGAGUGGUGGGCACGUGAAGAGCGGUGGGCUUGUGAGGAAUGCUGGGGUUGUGAGGAGUGGGAGCAAGGAAGGUAGAGGGUAUGGGAAUUGUGUGAAGGCUGAUGGCAGGGUAGGGGCAGGGAGAGGUGGAGUGGACGGUGCAGAUGUAGGGAGGGGUGGAGUGAACGGUGCAGAUGUAGGGAGUGCAGGAAAGGUAGACCGGGGAGUGGCGAGAGCUGAUGGUGAGGGGGUAAGAGUGGGGGGUGAGUGGAGAGAGGGGGGCCAGCAGGUGAAGAGUGUGUGGGGCGUGGGGAAGGGGAAGGAAUCAAAGGCUGGUGGCAAGACAGGUGCUGGGUCAGUUGCAGGGAGUGUGGGGAAGCAAGGCACUGGAGUGGGAAUCGGUGGUGGUAAUGGUGGCAACGGGGGUCGAUUGGAGGGGAAGAGACAACAAGAGGGUGCUUGGCUGGCGAAGGGUGCUGGUGGGGCUUCAGGAAAGGUGAAGGGUGUGGGCCCGCCUGCGCAUGCUGUGAGAGUUGGAGGUGUAAGAAAGGAAAAUGUGGGGACAAGUGCAGUUCUCAGGGGGAUGGGCGGUGGUGGUGGCGAGCAGAGAAGAGAAGGAGAUGCGGUUACAGGAAGCAAAGGGGCACCAGUCACAGGAAAGGUGUUGGGAGGGAAGGGGGUUGGAGUGAGGGAACACGGAGUGAGGGAAUACGGAGGGGCGAAGAUGGCACCAACAACCUUAGGCUUCAAACUGGGAGGCAGAAAAUUGGGAGGGAGCAAGAUGGGAGGGAGCAAAGAAGGGAUGAGGAUAGGAGCAGCAAGGGAGAUUGGUGCAAAGAGAAUUUGUGAAAGCAAGGUGGGAGAAAAGAAGGGUUACUCGAGACUGGUUAAAGUUGGAGCGUUGAGGGCAAGAGCAUUGGAGGGAAAGCGUGAGAAGGGGAGAGAUGCGGAGAGGGACAGAUGGAGGGAUGACUGGAGUGAGAAGAGGAGAGAGGAUGGGAGUGAGGAGAGGAGAGAGGAUGAGAGUGAGAAUAGGAGGGAAGAUGAGAGUGCAAAGAGUUUAGAUGAUGAGAGCGAAAAGUGGAGAGGGAAUGAGAGUGGGAAGAGGAUAGAUGACGAGAGUGAAAAGAGGAGAGAGAAUAUGAGUGAGAAGAGGAGAGAGAAUAAGAGUGAGAAGAGGAGAGAGGAUGAGAGUGAGAAGAGGAGAGAGGAUAAUAGUGAGAAGAGGAGAGAUUAUGAGAGUGAAAAGACAAGAGAGGAUGAGAGUGAGAAGGGGAGAGAGGAUGAGAGUGAGAAGGGGAGAGAGAAUAAGAGUGAGAAGAGGAGAGAGGAUGAGAGUGAGAAGUGGAAAGAGGAUGAGAGUGAGAAAAGGAGAGAGGAUGGGAGUGAGAAAAGGAGAGAGGAUGAGAGUGGGAAAAGGAGGGAGGAUGAGAGCAAGGAAGUGAGGGAUGGCAGGAAAGGGGAAGAGUGGGAUGCUGAUACUGAGGCCAGCAGGGAUGCGGAGAGGGAAGGUGGUUUUGAUGCUGGGCAGCGUUUGUUGGGAACGAAUUGGGGUACUGGAGAGGAGGGAUGGGGGAUAGAUGAGGGGGACUGGAAUGAGGAGGAGGAGGGGAAAGAGGAGGACAAGCAGGAGAAGGGGGAGGAUCAAGAAGAGGAGGAGGAGGAGGAAGAGGAAGAGGAGGAAAAGGCUGAGAAGCAGGGGCAAGGAGAGAAAGCGAAGGAAGAGGAGGGCAGGGAGCAGGGAAGAAGGGAAGGGAGUUCGGAGGUAGAAGUCGGAAGUGAGAUGUGUGAUGGAGUCAGUGGGGGCUUUGGAGAAGCUAGGCGGAUAUUCAGUGGUGUUGAGGAUGAGGGUGACCAUGCUGUGAGCCUGAGAGUUAGUGCAGCUGCUCACAGUGCCGCUACCCUCGCUCCUCCUCUCCCUGCUGAAGUGCCAAUGGUGAGAGCGGAUGUUGCAAGAGAAGGGGACAAUGUUGAGGCUGUGGGAUUGACAGCUGAAGAUAGUGAUUCAGGAGUCUGGAUGAUGCUUGAUGAAGUGAGGGAGGGAGUUUUUAGGAAGGACGAGGAGGGAGGGGGGAAGGAAGAGAAGAAGGGAGUGAUAGAGGAACAGGCAAAGGGAGAAGUAGAGAAAGGGGAGGAGAUACGGGAAGAGGAAGUGGAGAAGGCGAGGGGAGAAGCAGAGGAGAGAAGGGAAGAGCAAGAGGAGAGAAGGAAAGAGCUAGAGGAGAGGAGAAUGGAAGAGCAAGAGGAGAGGAGACGGGACGAGCAAGAAGAGAGGAGAAGGGAAGAGGAGAAGAGAAUGGAGGAGCAAGAGCAGGAGAGGAGGGAAAAGGAGAAGCAAAGGGAAGCGGAAGAGGAAGAUGAGAAAAGAAGGGACGAGGGAGAGGAUACACGAAUAGAAGAGGUAGAGGAAGAUGAGAAAAGGAGGAAGGAGGGAGAGGAGGAAGGAAGAAAAGAGGGAGAGGAGAAACGAAGGGAAAAGGAAGAGCAGCAAAGGUGGGGAGAGGGAGAGGAGAGCAGCGAUGAGGAGGAGGAGGAGGAGCAGCGAUGGCAGCCCCUGGCGAAUGGGCGAAAGGCAGAGCCAAGCAGUGUUGGAGGGGGGGCUGUGGUGCAACACACCCAGGAGAUCGGCGGCAGCUUUCGACCUGUCAGGAGGCAAGUGCUGCGCUGUGCCAUGCAACAGGAUUACGUGCAGGAUGGCAUGCAGGAUGGCAGGCAUGAUGGCAUGCAGAUACAGUAUGACAUGGAUGAGGAGGAUGCUGCGUGGCUGACGGCCUACAACAGCAGACUCACCCAUGCCUAUGCCCAUGCGCAUGCGCAUGAGCGUACAAGAGCUGGGAAAGAGCAGUCAGGGAGUGGGAGUGAUGAGGCGUGUGCGAAGCUAAGUCUGUCAGAGGAGGCGUUUGAGGCGUGCAUGGCCUCUCUGGACUUGCACCCUUCUGCCGCUGGUCACUAUGCUGCUCCUUCUGCUGCUGCUGCUGCUGCUGCUGAUGGUGAUGGUGCUGCUGCGGCUGCGGCUGCUGCUGUUGCUGUUGCUGUUGAUGAUGAUGACGAUGAUGGUGUUUCUGGUGAUGUGGAUGCUGCCUGUGCACGUGCUGCUGGGGGGGUGGUCCACGCUGAUGGUUCUGAUCUCGAUAACAUGCCAGGAGGCUUGAGCGCAGCAAGGAAGGAGGGCGGGGUAGGAGCGCCACAGGGGCCAAAGACCAAGCGGCAUGAUGCCGAGGCACUGCGAUGCGAUGUGUGCUUCCAGCCGGGGGAGACGCCCUACAACCCUUUCCUCUGCUGCUCCCUCUGCGCCACAGCUGUCCACCAACUCUGCUACGGUGCUGUGGGCCUCCCCCCCCUCUGGGCUGCGCGCUCCCUCCUCCCCCCCUCCCUGCACGCCCCCCCCCUGCCGCCCCUGCUCCCACUGGCUAGCGACGGGAAGGCAGAGGGAGAAGGGCCGGGCAGGGAGACAGUCCAGAGCGGGCAUGGUGGUGAUGGCGGUGCUGCUGGUGCCACUGCUGGUGAUGGCGGUGCUGCUGGACAGGGCGUGCAGCUGAGCAAGCAGGCAGCAGCGAGGCGGUUCAAGUGGCGCUGUGUGCCGUGCCAUCUCUACGCCCGAGCAUGCAGCAGCGGCGGCGGCGCUGCUGCUGCAAACACCUGCUCCCAGCCGCCUCCCCUCACCUGUGCAUUAUGCCGAACCACAGGAGGAGGGGCGUUCAAGCCGUGCGUGGACGGGCCACUGCCAGCCGAUGCCGAGAGGCAGGUGGAGGGAGGAGAGCGUGGGGAACGUGGGGAAUGUGUGGGGAGGGCAGAGGAGCAAUUGACGGGGGAGGAGGGGCGUUUCGUAAAAUCAGAGGGGCGUGUGGGAGGAGCAGGGACCAGAGGGGAAGCUGGUGGGGAGCCAGGUGACGGCAGCAGCUGCCAAGAAGUUGGCAGAGGAAUGAAAGGAGACGGUGAGAUGAAGGCAGUGGGUGCUGCUGGUCCUGUCACGCUGAAAGAGGGGCGCAGUGGGAUGAAGGAGGGAGUUGAGCACAGCGUGCUGCAGAGGGAGCGUGGCAGCGGUGGGAGGGAUGUGGCAGGGGAAGUGAAGGGAACGUGCAGCGCAAGUGGUAGCAGUGGAGGUCGAGGGAAGGGUGAUCCGGGCAGGGGUCAUGAUGACAAGGCCAUGUGUCGACAAGUCCGGGACAUGUGUGAUGAGGGCAACGCGAGGCAUCAAGGGGACAUGGACAUGCCUCUUGCAUCAAGAGACGUACCACUUGUGUCGAAGCGCAUGCCAGCUGCAUCAAAAGACAUGCCAGCAGCGUUGAGGCACCUGCGCUGGGUGCAUGUUACAUGCGCUCUCUUCGACUGCCAUGUGUACUUCGGCAGUGCUGAGUCGCUCCAACCCAUCAUGGGUGUGGCAGCUGCUGCAAAGAAGAGGGCGGAGCGCAGGCAGCAUUCACUAGCAGCACCAGCAGCAGCAGCAGCAGCAGCAGCAGCAGCAGCAGCAGCAGCAGCAGCAGCAGCAGCAGCAGUGGAGUGCUGUACCUGGUGUCAUGAGCCCGACGGUCCUCUCGACCUGCUGCCCUGCGCCUACCCUCUCUGCCCCACCCGAUUUCACGUGCGAGAGACCGACCUGUACCAGCGCCAAGUGAUGGCCUUGUGUGCCGCUCACGCUGCAGCUGUGCAGGGGGGUGAGGAGACAGCAGCCACUCCCUCAGGUGCUCAUGCCACACAUGGCACUGCCACACGUGGGGCUGCCAUGCAUGAGAACACAGCAGGGGUUGCUGACCAUGUGGCAGCAGCGUCUUUAGAUGAAGGCUUUGGUGGGGCUCAGGUGGAGAGGGAGCAGAGGCACGCAGACGGAGAGACGGGUCACGUGGGGGCAGUGAAAGCGGCUGUUGAUGAGGUGCCUCCAGGGUGGGAGUCUGGAUUUUUGGGGGAGCAUCUGGGGGCUGCCCGAAUGCAGCAGCUAGAGGCAGCUCAGCUCACACCAUCGACUCCCCUCCAUGAGAAGGUCUCUCCUUCCUCCAACCUCCCCAGUCCUUGUGAUGCUGCUGCCGCCCCUGCUUCUGCCACCGCUGCUGCUGCCUCUGUUGCUGCCACUGCUGCUGCUACUGCCACCGUUGAUGGUGAUGGUGGUCGAGCUGGUCAUGAUGAUGGUGGAGACGAUGGGGCGAGUGCUGAUGGCGCAAGAGACCCAUGGGAGAUGCAGCAGGUGCAGGAGACAGAGGAACACGAUGAGCAGAAGAGGGAGAGUGGUGAGAGGAGAGCAGGAGUGGUCACAGCAGUGUGCGAUGAGAGGAAAAGAAGGAAUGGUGAGAGGAAGGGAGAGAGUGCUGGGAUGAAGAAGCAGCAUAUUGCAGCGAAGGAGUGGCAGACAGGUGCUGGUGGUCAUGCGGGUAUGGGUGUGCGGUAUAGGGACGAAGGGAGGGUUGGGAGUGAGGUGAGAGGGGGGGCAUUGGUGGGAGCUGAUGGGGGUGUGGAGGGAGGUGUGGAAGGAGGUGUGGAGAGAGGUGGGAGGCAGAAGAGGUUGCAGGAGGUGAUGUGGGGAGAAGGGGGCGGUGAGGAGGUGGUUGAAAACGGUGGCAAGGUGGUUGGAAACGGUGGCAAGGUGGUUGAGAACGGUGGCAAGGUGGUUGGGGGAGGGCGUGUGAAGCGAGGGAGGAGGCAAGUCGAGGAGGAAGAGGAGGAGGGAGAAGAGGAGCAGGAGGAGGGAGUGGAGGAAGAAGAAGAGGAGAGAGAGGAGGAGGAGGAGGAUGAGGAGGAAGAAGAGGAGGAAGAGGAGGAGGAUAGGCGGGGUGGGAGAGACAUUGAUUUUGAAGAGGAGAUAGGGGUGGGUCUGCUGAGCAGGGGUGGGGGAAGGCGAGCAGGGGAACGGGAGAAAGAGAGGACGAGCAGGGUUAUGGAGCGAGGGAGAGGCAGGCAAGGGAGAGGAAGAGGUAGGGGAGACGGAGGGAGGGUCGGUGACUGGUUGGCAGAUGUGCCAUGCAGUGAGGAGGAAGAAUCAGAAGGGAGGGGGAUGAGAAGAGGAGUGAGUGUGGGGAGGGGGGGGGAGGAGGAGGAGGAGGAGGAGGAGGAGGAGGAGGAGGAGGAGGAGGAGGAGGAGGAGGAGGAGGAGGAGGAGGAGGAGGAGGAGGAGGAGGAGAAGGAGGAGGAGGAGGAGGAGGUGUGUGUGCGAUUUCAAUUUAGUAGUGAGUGUGGGGGCACAGAGGAGGAGGGGCAGGAGGGCAGUGCCGGGGAGAUGGGAAGAUUUGCAUUGGAGGGUAACUGGGUGCAUGUGGUGGUGAAAGGGGAGAAGGCGGAGCGAUUGAGGUUGCAAGAGAUAGUGCAUGUGUGUGUGGUGAGCAGGGAUGGGUUGAAUGCGGUGAACAGUGAGAGUGUGGAAUUCGGGAUGGAGGAUCAGGAGAGAGUGGGAACAGAUGGUGUUAAGUGGGAAGGAGAGGGGGAGCAAGAGGAGGAGGAGGAGGAGGAGGAGGAGGAGGAGGAGGAGGAGGAGGAGGAGGAGGAGGAGGAGGAGGAGGAGGAGGAGGAGGAGGAGGUGGUGGGAGGGGAGGAGGAGGAAGGCACACUGGGGGGUUUACGAGAGGAGGGAGUGGGAGGGGUGGCAGAAGGUGAGGAAGGUGAGGAAGAGGAGGAGCAGUGGAAGCAGGAGCUGUGGAGUGAGUUGGAUAGGAUGGUGGCGGAAGUUCAGGAUGUGGGUGCGGACCACAUGGGUGGUGACCACGUGGGUGAUGACCACGUGGGUGGUCUUGCAAGGGACAUGCAAGCGCAAGCAAGUGGUAUGGAAGAGACGGAGGGACACGUGGGGAGAGGUGAAGGCAGUGACAGGGAGAGAGCAGACGGCAAGGUGGGAGGUGUGGCAUGGGGCCAUGUGCAUGGCAUGGCAACAGGGGACUCACAUGCGCUGGGUAACACGCAUGAAACCCCUCAUGUGGACACGCAUGGGGGGUUGCAGGUAGGGUAUGGGGGGCUCGUGGGGUAUGAGGGGUUGAGGGCGGAGGGGGAGGGGGGCGGGGUGGGAGAGGAGGAGCAGUGUGAAGCAGAAUGGCGCACAGAGCGAGUUCGAGAGGGUGGAAAGGAGCUGGCUAGGGGGUUAGUGAGUGUGGAUGGGAGUGUGGGAGGUGAGGGUGGAAGCACGGCAGCUGCAGGCAGGGACACAGGGCCCUCUGCUCCCUGUGACUGGGGCGGAGAUGACGGGGAUGGUGAUGGUGGGGGUGGUAUACACGAGGCUAUGGGCGAGGAGGUGUGUGGUGCGGGGCAGGUGUCUUGGAGGGGCGAGGAGGAGCAGGCGGGUGGCAUGUGGGGGGAUGGGAACCUGGGGCAGGGCUCUUGUGGAGCAGAUGGGGGAGAGGAGGGUGGAGGGGGAGGAGAGAGGGGAGGAGGAGGGGAUGAUGGAGUUUGUGAGGGAGGAGAUGGUGGGGAUGGUGGGGAUGAAGGGUGGUGGAGCCGAAUGUUUCCUGAUUCUCCCUUAGCACCCAAUGAACAGCCUCACUCUCACCAGCAGCCACCCUGCCUCGAGCUGCACGACAGUGGAAUGAAUCUUGGCUCAAUCCAUCCUCCUUCACAGCUACCCCUUGAUGCCCCUCAUGCUCUCUCUCCCCCUGAUCUUCCUGCCGUCCCUUCCCCUCAUGCACAGGCAACCAUGUCCCCUCCUAUAUCCUCUUCCUCUCCCAUGCCUUCUUCCCCUUCCAUACCGCCUCCCCAUUCCGUAACCCUAUUCGCUGCUGCACCCGCUGCUACUGCUGCAGCCGCCAUGCCAUCUCCCUCCCACGCCACCCCCAACGUUCCCCCAUCUUCCGCCCAGACAACGCCUUUCAUCAUGCCCUCUCCCUCCCACACAGCCCUGCCUAUUCCUCCAUCUCCGUCCCCAGCGCCUUGCUCCCUCCUGCCUCACACCCCACACUCACAUACUGCUGCGGCCCUCCCUCCGCCUCCUCCUCCUCCUCUUGUGCCCCAUGCCCCGCCUGUGCCUGCUGUACUAAGUGCGGGUGGGACUGGUGGGGGCGGGACUGGUGGGGGUGGGACUGGUGGGGGUGGGACUGGUGUGUUAGGGACUCGGACAGACGGCCAAAGGGAGGAAGGCAAGGAUGGAGAGGAGCAGGUGGUGUCUGGGACCAGGCCAAGCGCCCCUGCUGUGAUUGGUGGGGGUGGGGCUGAGGCAGAGGGGCAAGGGAAGGAGGAUUGGGGAGAUGGGGGGUUGGGGGGGGAUGCUGGAGAAGGGAUGGGUGGAAGGGAGGGGUGGGGUGCAGGGGAGGUGGGUGGGAGGUGGGGCAAGCGGCAGAGGGUGGAGGUGGGUAAUGCAUCAGCAGCAAAGCUGAACACCCUAAGCUUUCGGAGGAGGGAAGAGCAAGGGACGAAUUCAGGAAGGAUGGUGGCUGGGGAAGGGACCGCGGGAGGAGCAACAGAGAGAGGAGAGAGAGGGGAGGAAGUAGGAACCGAUAAUGGCGGGAAGAGGGAGGAGAGACCAGGAGGGAGAGGAGAAUGUGAAGGAGCGAGAGGCACACCUGUUCUGCAGAGGAUGGGGGGAGAGAGGGACGAAAGAGGUGGUGGUGAUGUGAGGAGAGCACGUGAGGAGAAGGGAGGGAGGGGUGUGGAAGGGGAGAGGAGUUUUGAGGGUUCUCGAAACUCAGGAGGGGAAAGGAGUUGGAGUAAGGUGGAGGGAGGUAGGACUAGGGGCGCGAGAAGGGUUGGCAGCAGCGAAAGGGGAAGCGGUGAGCGGAGAGUGUGGAGAGGUAAUGUGCCAGGUGGGGGCAGUAGGGAAAGGGCUCCUGGAAGCAGGUUGAGGGGAGGGGAGGGGCAUAGGACGAGGGGAGGAGGGGGAGCGAAUGCAGGACGUGAAGUCGGGUCACUUGGGAAGAGGGGGCGAGACGAGAGUGCGGGUGGGGGGAAACGAAGUGAUUGGCGGGAGAGGCGUGGAGAUGGGUGGGAGCGGAGUGGAGAUGGGCGGCAAGAGAGGAGUGGAGAUGGGCGGGAGAGGAGUGGAGAUGGGCGGGAGAGGAGUGGUGAUGGGUUAUGGAAGGAGAUUGCAAAGGAAGGAAAGGAGGAAAGAAUACAGCCAGACAUGGGGCAAGGCAUGGGGUACGAGGGGAAGGGCACAUUGCGUGUAAAGGGUGGUGAAGAAGCAAAAAUGAGUGAGGAUAAUGUGGGGGCAAGUGGAGCAGAAAAGUUGGAGGUCAAGGGACACGUGGGUCACAAGGAAAGGGAUGACAGGAACAGGGGAGCUAGAAGGGAAGACGACAGUGGAAGAGAGGUGAGAAUGGACGCAGAAGGAAGGGGGUUGAGAAGGGACGAUGAGAGAGCAAGGGGAUUGAGAAGGGACCAUGAGAGAGAAAGGGGAGUGAGAAGGGACGACGUAGGGAAGGGUGUUCAGGCUGAGGGGAUGGCGGGGAAACAGCGGGAACGAGAAGGACAGGGUAGAGGUCGAGAAGAGAGGCAGAGGGAUAUCGAUAGGAGAGCUGGUGGAAGGAAGGAUAGAUUUUGGAACAAGCGGAAGCACUCGAAUGAUUGGGACAGAGGCAGGGUGGUUGAGAGGAGGAGAGAGAGCAAAGAUGGUGGGGCAAGAGAGAGGGACGGGCGGGGUCGAGGCAUCAUGAAGGAGGGGGAAAGUGGGCUGGGGAGAGAUGGAAUGCGUAAAGACAGGGAAGCUGGAAGAAACAUGGUGAGGGAUGAUGAGAGGAUGGGAGGAAGGGGAGAUGGGAGGGUGAGGGAAAGGGAGGAUGGCGAGGGAUUGAAGAGAGGGAGCGAAGGGAGCAGGGAGAACAAGCAGUGGCAUGGUAAGGAUGGAAGGCGAUCGGAGCGGGAGGGUGACUUGGCAAGAGAAAAAGGGAUCACACUCAAUAAGGGAAGAGAGGAUGCAAGGCAUGGAUCGAACAUCCAGCAGGGUGAGAGGAGCUGGAUGCAUGAAAAGAAGGGCUUUAAUGCUCGUGAUGGGGGUUUGAAUGUGAGGGAGAAGGUGGGGGCGAACACAGGAGGAGGGACAGCAGGUGCGGUGGACCAGGAGAGUGUGAGGCGGCGUGGCGAGGGCGAGAGGAGUAACAGCUGUGGGAGUGGUGCGGAACGGAAGCUGACAUUCCGACGGCAAGAAGGGGGGGUGCAUGAAAGAAAGACCGACGAGAGCCAGCAGAGCAAGCAGGAAGGGCGUGUGCACGAGUCGAGAAGAGAGGAAGAGGGGAAGAAAGUGGGAGUGGGUGGGCAGGAGGGUGGUGGAGGUCGUAGAGGGGGUGUGGGGGAGGAGAGCAGCAUGAAGCAGCAUGGGUCUAGGAAGGAUGAAUACACCCAUCAAGUCAAGAACGCUCUUGAGGAGCAUGGCUCUGGCCUGGAGUGCUCCCCACUGGAUGGCUCUGGCAUGGAGUGCUCCCCACAGGAUGGCUCUGGCAUGGAGUGCUCCCCACAGGAUGGCUCUGGCCUGGAGCGCCCCCCAAGGGAUGGCUCUGGCCUGGAGCGCUCCCCAAGGGAUGGCUCUGGCCUGGAGCGCUCCCCAAGGGAUGGCUCUGGCCUGGAGCGCUCCCCAAGGGAUGGCUCUGGCCUGGAGCGCUCCCCAAGGGAUGGCUCUGGCCUGGAGCGCUCUCCAAGGGAUGGCUCUGGCCUGGAACGUUCCCCAAGGGAUGGCUCUGGCCUGGAGCGCUCCCCAAGGGAUGGCUCUGGCCUGGAGCGUUCCCCAAAGGAUGGCUCUGGCCUGGAGUGCUCCCCAAGGGAUGGCUCUGGCCUGGAGCGCUCUCCAAGGGAUGGCUCUGGCCUGGAGCGCUCCCCAAGGGAUGGCUCUGGCCUGGAGCGCUCCCCAAGGGAUUUCUCUGGCCUGGAGCACUCCCCAAGGGAUGGCUCUGGCCUGGAGCGCUCCCCAAGGGAUGGCUCUGGCCUGGAGCGCUCUCCAAGGGAUGGCUCUGGCCUGGAGCGCUCCCCAAGGGAUGGCUCUGGCCUUGAGCGCUUUCCAAGGGAUGGCUCUGGGCUGGAGCGCUCCCUAAGGGAUGGCUCUGGCCUGGGGCGCUCCCCAAGGGAUGGCUCUGGGCUGGGGCGUUCCCGAAGGGAUGGCUCUGGCCUGGAGCGCUCCCCAAGGGAUGGCUCUGGCAUGGUGUGA